UGGAUGUUGUAAAUGUCCAUGUGUGAGCGAAUCACGUGUAGCGAUUCCGUUGAUCGUCAUGUUUCUGCUGUAAAGACUUGCCAGCUUGCUUGAUAGAUAGAUAGCUUAUUUCGUUUCCCUUCCCUUCAGUUUGCCUUUAGUCCAUUCUUUAUUUUUGUCAAUUAUUUUUCCAGAGAAUGAGCGAUAACGAUGAUAUUGAAGUCGAUAGUGAUGACGAAUCAACGAGAUACCUUAAUGUGGCAGACAAGCGGGCACACCAUAAUGCGCUGGAGCGCAAACGCAGGGACCAUAUCAAAGACAGCUUCCACAGUCUACGUGACUCCGUGCCCGCACUCCAAGGAGAGAAGCACUCUGUGAAACAGGCGUCCCGAGCGCAGAUCCUGGACAAGGCCACCGAGUACAUCCAGUACAUGAGGCGGAAAAACCACACUCACCAGCAGGACAUCGACGACCUGAAGCGGCAGAACGCCCUGCUGGAGCAGCAGGGUGAGUGCUGGAGGGUCAAUGCGGUGACAUGUACCAGGACAACCAUCAAGCCGGACAGUGUCAACAGGCUGGUGAAAAGACCCAUGGGGGCUAAAGUCCGAGCGCUGGAGAAGGCGAAGGGGAACGCCCAGUUCCAGGCGUCCUACUCUUCCAGCGACAGCAGCUUGUACACCAACCGCAAGGGGGGGGCCGUGUCCGCCUUCGACGGGGGCUCUGACUCCAGCUCUGAGUCUGAAGAAGAGGAGCCCCCCAACAGGAAAAAGCUGCGAGCGGAGCCCAGUUAAACCCCCCCUAACCCCCCCCCCCCCCCACCCUCAAAAAGGGCCACCACCAGAGACUCUCCUGUCAGACCUCCCAACCACCCCAACAGCCCCCCACUUCCGCUCUUCAUCAUCAGCAUCGUCUUCCUCCCCAGUACCCCCCCACCCCCCUCCUCCUCCUCACCUGGCGGGGGGAGGAAUGGAGUUCCCGCCUCAGAGGCUCCACAGGUCACCACUGCACACCUCCUGAUCCAGAGAGCGCCCCUGUCUGGACUGGGUUGGGCCCGGUCCGGCCCGGUCCAGUCAGACGCUGACUGGGGACGUUUUGUUUUCUUUCUUCUCAUUUCUUCUUCCUUCUGCCUUUACCGCUCGUCACGGCGCCACUCCCGUCGUCACGACGACACACCCGUCGUCACGACUCCAACUCCGAAAACAAGCCACUCCUUGAGUGAGGCAGCUCCGCCGUCUGAAGGACUUCAAACGCCUUUCACACACACAUCACCCCACAUCGCCAGGACAACCCCAGAGGAAGCGUGGAGGAAGGAGGGGGGCAAGCACACAGUUUUAGCUAAGCUUUGUUAUACCCCCCCCCCCCCUCACCCCUGCAAGUACGACGCAACGCCAUCAGCCCGUGAGCAUGGGGGAGAUAGUCCUGCAGAACAGCUUACCUUACUCCUGCUAAACACACACAUUACCUUUUUAAAUAUUUGUACUUUUCCACUCGAGAAAAAAAAAAAAAGAAUGUGAAGUUGCUUUUGGGAGGGGAUGAUGAUGAUGGUGUGUGUGUGUGUGUGUGUGUGUGUGUGUGUGUUACCUGCCUUGACCUGCUGGUAUAGUUGGAUUAAGAUUCUCCCCUCUAAAAAUGUUUUUGUUGCGAUGCGUACAUUUUAAGUCCUUUUGAAAUGAGUUUGUGUUCUGCUAGUCAAAUUGUCGUUGUUUGCCUGAGAUUAUCAAUUAGAAAUAGAUGAAAUGAGGCUUUUUGUGAAGUGUUUUUUAUUUUAAUUAUUUUUCCUAAAUUGGGAUUAGGCACAAAACAAAACAAAAAAAAGACAAAAAACAAAAAAAAACAAUUAGGGAUUUUGGAUUGAUGUGCACUCACCAGUCAGAGGCCGAGCCUGAACCAAGCCUGGCACGAGUGUGGCUCCAGCCUGUUGGUUCCGGAGCCAGAUUGGACCGGGUUUGGUCCAGAACCAUGACGAGCGUGGGCCACCUCACAGUUCCAGUGGAGUUUGAGGAUGUAGACUAUAAAUAUGAGUAUCUGUCGUUUUCCUUCCCAAAUGGAUAUUGAAUGUUACACAAAGCAGUUAAAGGUAGUAGCCUUUUUAUUUUUAUUACAACAAAAGUCCAUAUCAAUGUGUAGUGAAAUACACUCUAUACUCCUCCAUGUUAUUGAUAAUACCAACCAACCCUUCCCAGGAAAUACGUGCCUGUCUGGGGAAUGUUUAACUUUUUUUUUUCUUCUUUAUUUCAUUUAAAAAGAAAUAAUUAGUGUGUACGAAAUAAUAGGUAAUUGUUUGAUUCCAUUCCAUGGAAACUACAGGUAUGUUGUACAUACUGCCAACAAUUGUCUUGCAAGUUGAGGCAUACCUUUACUACGGAACUAUAAAUAAAACUAUUUUAUCCUUU